AUGCACUGGCAGGUCACCAUUAUUUUGGCUUCAUUGUACGGUAUUAUCAAGGAUUUUAGACCUGCAACCCCAUUUCUCACUCCGUACUUAAUUUCCCCUUACAAGAAUUUUACAAAUGAAGACUUAUACAGCAAAAUUUACCCGUUUUGGACCUACUCUUAUUUAGUAGCUUUGAUACCUGUUUUCUUCUUCACGGACAUUCUUCGGUAUAAACCUGUAGUACUUCUCGAAGCCAGUUGUUUGUGCAGCACUUGGGCUUUGUUGAUAUGGGGGAAAACCGUUUGGCAAAUGCAGCUUAUGCAAAUCGUCUUUGGUGUUGCGUCGGCGUCUGAAAUUGCAUAUUUUUCGUAUAUGUAUGCUGCAGUAGAUGGGAAACACUAUAAAAGAGUGACAUCUUUUACUCGUGGCGCAGUUUUGACAGGAAAGUUUUUUUCAUACGGCACUGCUCAGCUACUUGUUUCUUUUGUGGGAAGCAGCUCUUACCUGUUGUUGAACCAGAUAUCAUUUGGUGCUGUGUGUACAGUUCUUGUUAUUGCCGUUGCACUGCCCUCGAUUUCUUCUGCUAGAAUCGCAAAUAAGGUACAAACUGAAAUAAAAAAUAGUGUUGCUGAAGCUUAUAGUAAUCCGAGAGUUGCAGGCGACGAAUUUACGAAAACGACUGAAGAGCAGGUUGUUCUGACUGUGCGUCCAUUAACGACAGAAAAUGGCAUCUUGUCUUAUUUUAAAGCCGUUUGGGAGAAUUUUAAAGUAUACAGAGACGAUCCAUUUGUCCUCAAAUGGUCGCUUUGGUGGUCGUUGACGAGCUGCGGUGUCUUUCAGGUGCAAAAUUAUAUGCAGACUCUUUGGGCUUCAAUGCAGGAAACCGAAGAUGAUGUCAAAAAUGGGAUAAAUGAAUGCGCCAAUACAUUAGUAGGAGCUAUUUUAUCAUUUCUGAUCCAGUACUGGAGUAUAAACUGGGAAAAAACUGGAGAAUAUGUAAUAUUUAUUACUUCCUUACUCGCCACUGUGCUCUUGUUUGCGGUUUCUCAGACUACUAACAUUAUCGUUGCCUAUGUAAUUUAUUCAGUUAUUGUAGCUGUGUACCACACCCUGAUUACUGCAGCCAGUGCCAACAUUGCAUCCCAUUUGAACAGAGCUAGUUACGGGUUAGUUCUUGGUUGGAACACGUUUAUCGCUCUUUUGUUACAAACCAUUUUAACAUUUGCUGUUGCUGACGAGCACGGAUUUAACCUCGAGAUCCGAAUGCAGUUUGUUGUUUAUGGAUGUUACUUUGCAAUGGUUACGAUCCUAUUUAUGUUUAUUGUUGGACAUAGGAUUAUUAUGCUUAUUAAAAGCAAACGGAACGCUGAUACUCAGUCGGUUGUACCAGAGCUUGAAAUUACUUCUCUUUAG